UACUCGCUCAAACAGUAGAACUAACACGCGACAACAUAACUGACUGGCUAAGUUACGCUCAUCAUUUUAAGGGAUUGCCUUUUACGUAGGGUAGCAUAGUUGCAAAUGAAUUGAUCAUAUACCAACAAUGGCGCAUCCGAUUGAUUGAGGCUUGCUAAACGAUUGGUGUAUCAAGGUGCCCCCUGUCACUAGUGUUUACGAUCUGAACAACUAGCAAGGAAGUGAUCUUCUGUAAACUACUUUCCAAUGGAUUCCGCUUACGUGGAGAAAAUCGAACUGACGGACUAACGAGCAUUACGAAACGGAACUGAACAGUAAAAUCGUCACAAACCACUUGUACUUGUUAGUGUUACCGAUUAGCGUGGCAUCACCCCCCUGUGCCUCUAUCUCUGAGCGGCUGGUUAAGCGCUGAGAGACCGAGGACCAGCGGACCGCGCACCGUUAAUAGCCGUCAAAAUUGUACGCAUCACCCACGAAGAGAUUUGCAGAAUGGCGGAGUUUCUGCUCAACGUGAUCCAGUUAGAGAUAAUGGCCCGCUCAUGGAUCUCUGAGGAUCACCUUGGCUUGGACGCUUCAGCAGCCGUCGUGGGCGACGCUGCUAUUACCGCACAUCUCUGGGGUAAUUCCGAGGGCGUUUUGGCAGGUGUUCCAUUCGCAAAUGCAAUUGUCCACGAACUAAACCUCAAUAUCACAUGGCACCGUAAUGAAGGCGAGUGGCUGCAUCCAACAGUAAAAGUGGCGGAGAUUUGUGGACCUGCACGAAGAGUUCUUUUAGCGGAGCGGGCAGUUCUCAACACUCUAGCUCGAGCUAGUGGGGUGGCAACGAAAACUCGUGGUUUACGAGAACAGCUUAAUCUCUUAAAUUGGCAAGGAAUAUUAGCCGGAACCCGAAGAACCACCCCGGGUUUUCGAUUGAUUGAAAAAUACUCGCUUGUUAUUGGAGGAGCAGACACGCACAGGAAUGAUCUCGCAUCGAUGGUAAUGCUCAACGCGAAUCACAUUCGAACAGCUGGAAACGUAGAAAAAGCAGUCACGAUCGCUCGUCGUGUGGGAGGUUUUACGAAAAAAGUUGAAGUAGAAUGCCUUAGUCUCGAAGAUGCAAUUAAUGCGGCCAAUGCUGGAGCAGACAUUGUAAUGCUACAGGAUUUCAAAUCUAAGGAAUUAAACGAAACGACCACUUACUUGAAGAAAGAGUUCCCCCGCCUCAUCAUUGAAGCAUCUGGUUACAAUAUCACUGCCGAUAACAUUGAGGACUUCGCUUUGCCGGCUGUGGACAUCGUUUCAACCGCACAGCUUACUCAAGGGUAUUCCUCGUUGGAAUUUAAUCUCAAGGUGGACGAGCCACACGCAGAUUGCAAUGAGUGAGCACGAAUGGACCAUCCGUAUUAAAGUUCGUCUACCGUCCCGACGAUUAAUCAGUAAUAUAUGGUCGAUUCCUAAGCGUUUUAGCCGAAAAUAGUCCACGGCCAUGACAAUGCCCGAGAAGUAGCAAAAGUAACGAAGCGAAGCGAUAUCUAAUUAUGACAAGGUAGCCACACCUCUUUGGUCGCCUUUUGUUUACCAGCAGUGUGAUGCGUUACGGAGACGUAGAUGUGCCAGUUACUAUAAACAAUUAUACGCUUUCAUAUUGGGUAUGCAUUUGAUCUGGAGAGGGAAAUGCAAUAAGUGUACAAUGAGAAAACUCCUUCAUUUUAAGCUUGGCAGGCAGUAGCUAUUAAAUGGCACUUAAAUUUGUCAUUCGUUGAAGACGACAAUAAUGCAAAAUAUGUUAAUGAGUAAUGACCCGUUCAUCCCUCAAGUUCAGUGUGCAAUGGUGCAAA